CAACAACAAACGGAGCUGAAAGACCAGGCUCUACAAUCUGAGUGUGACAUGGAUGUGUAUGAGAUGUAUCAGGGAUGUGAGGCCGGUGAUGUGGGUGCUGUCGGAGACGCUGACCUGAAGGAGAGAGGAAGAAUAGCCAGUGUCACAUUCAGACAGGACACAGACAAGCUGAGUAAAGCACUGGACGAUCUACAGCUGGGUGAGAUAGAGGUCCUGUAUGAGAGUGUGCUGGACCUGAAGGCUACUCCUGUGUUACAAGACACCAUUGACAUCACAGUAGCAGACGAUAGGAGUAAACCAAUCCCCAUUGACGUGACAGUGCUGGUGGUGAAUGACACAGACACCGUUGUAGUCACAGAUUACAGCAACACCAGUGUGAAGUCCUUCUACGUCAAGAACAACCAGACACAGCACAGUAAACUCAGUCUGAGUGAUGGCCCAUUGAGUCUGACCAAGUUGACGCACAACCGGGUGGCUGUCACUGUCCCGUCCAGUGAACAGAUUGUAACAGUAAAAGUCAAACCAGACCUGGAGUUACUGACAACCAUCACUACCAGCAAACAGUAUAUGGGUAUAACGUCCCUGACUCCAUCAACACUAGCAGCUGGUUCCCGGUCUCCUCCCUGUGUUGAUAUCCUGGAUAUGACAGGAAACGUGCUGAGGUCUAUCAGUCCACUCCACAAAGGUAACAACAUCUUACAGUAUCCCGACUUCCUCAGUACCACGAGGACAGGUAACAUACUGGUGUCUGACAUGGGGAACCAAGUGUGUCGUGUGUCUGACCCCCGAGGGAGAUGUGGUGUUCAGCUACAGCCCUACAGGAGACACAGCACUGGAGUGUCCUCAGGGUAUCACAAGUACCGGCACAGGCGACAUCCUGGUUACAGACUUACAGUCUGCACAGAGUCAUCCAUCUGACUGAGUCAGGACAGUUUGUUCAAAAUCUGCUGACAUCCAGGGACUGUAUUCAGAAUCCACGUGGAAUGUGUAUAGAUGAGAGAGGGUGGCUACGUGUUUGUCUUAACGAGGGUGUCAUACAGACGUUCUCGUG